CGGGAGGCAAAUCUUCGUACCACCUGUUCACCCUCCUGCAGCCUAUUUUGCUCAAGGAUCUAUUCCUCUACAAAUAAUGCUUUUGUACGUCUCGGAUACUACCGGACUAUACAAUCUUCAUGAGGAUUAGAAAUAUUUUCCGACAUGUUCGCGCUGCACAGAACUUACAUUUUCUCCUCGGCAACUACCAGUACGAUCCAUUACCCUCUGCCAACUACAUACGCCUCUUAGAGCUCGUUCCAUCGUCUGAUAAAGUCGUACACUGCUCGUUAAAGCCUUUUGAGCUGCAUCGCGCACCGCCUUUCCAGUCCUUGUCGUACACGUGGGGAAACCCCCUUACAUCGCUUUCCAAAUCGUCCUCAGCAACGUCGAGGACUCGACGAAGCCAUAUCAACGGCUGUAUUUCGACAACUACCCACAGGGAUGCCAAAUCACCACCCCCUGGGCGAGACCUUGAAGACUCUGAGCGAACUCGUCGACACCCUGUCAUUUGCGACGGCCAAAUUAUCAAGGUGACGGCAAAUCUGCGAGAUGCACUCCGGAUGCUCGCAACGUCUAUUACUUCCAAGAUUGAAGUUGCAACCCCAAAAUACUUCUGGAUUGAUGCCCUCUGCGUGAACCAAGAAAACAUCGCGGAGCGAAACUCUCAAGUUGCCAAGAUGGCUGAGAUCUUCAAGGCUUCGGAAAGCGUUAUUGUCUGGCUAGGAAAGGAAGAUGAGUUUACAACAGACGCUAUCACGACUGUAGAAAGAAUCUCGCGAAUUCCCGAAGAAGAUUGGCCGUUAAUCCCGUAUACUUCCUUUUAUCAGAGAAGAACUUGCAAGCAGUACUCACGGUUAGAUUUGACCUUCCAUAAUUGGCUUGGAUUCAUUGUUUUCAUCAAUCGACCUUGGUUUUUGAGGGCUUGGGUUGUUCAAGAAAUUGCCCUAGCCAAAUCUGCAAAUGUUGUUUGCGGAACCAAGGCCUUCCCUUGGGAGAAGCUAUCGAAAACCUUAGGAUUUAUUAAAACUACAAAGUGGUACCACCAUCUUCACACCGAGAAGCUUAAGCACAUAAGCAGUAUUCAAAAACACCCUGGGGUCUACAAACGAGUCCUACAGGCAAAGUUAGAUGUUGGCGUAGGACCAGUCUAUCUGGAUGCCACGAGAGUCAAAAUGACCGCUUCAGGUCGUUUAAGUGUUCAAGAACGUAACCGCAAACCUCCACUACGCCUCCUACUAGAGACACACCGAUUUUCGAAGUCUACUGAUCCCCGAGACAAGGUGUACGCAUUCCUAGGUCUUGCUGACAAAAGAAUGGCACCAUUUCGAACGCACCCGGAAGCACUUGCGCCAAAUUACAACCUCAGCGUGCAAACAGUUUACACCGAUGCUGCUAGAGCGCUGUUAACCUCGUACGGAAAUCUUUCCCUCCUCUCACACGUCCAGGAUCCCUCUCAGACUCAGAUUCCACAUCUUCCAUCUUGGGUUCCUGACUACAGUGUAGACCUCGAUCCAUAUCCACUACGAUACCGGGGUCCUGGCUUUUGGAAGGCUAGUGGUGGUCUCAAAUGGGACAUUAACGUCUUCACAAUGGCGAAUGGGUUCCUCGAUGUGCAAGGCUACCAGCUAAGCUUCAUCGACCAGGCAUCAGUCCUUACUACUGAAACUGAUGACGCUUCCGCUUCAUGGGCGAGUAUCGUAAAACUAGCCUUAUCAUUAGAACAGCCUUAUCCAAGUCUUAGAGAGGAUAAUAAAAGUCCAUCUCGAGUCGAAGUUUUAUGGCGAACACUAACGACCAAUACAUACAACAAACAAUGCCCAGCCCCUUCCAGUACAGGAACUCUAUUCAUCGACUACAUUCUCAACCUCCAAAUUCGGCAUCGGUUAACCCCGUGGUCUAGCGCGGAUGAAUUUCAACCCCAUCACUCGCCUCUAUCAGAAUCAAUAUAUCCUGAGUGGAGCACGCUCCUCUGUUUAGAGCCCCUCAAUUCGCCCUACUCCUUCAGUGUCUACAAAGAGCGACUUUCCACAGUUGUAGAGAGCAUGUUCAGCGGGGCGUAUUCUCCAAUCGGCCUAGCACAGCUCCAACAUGAAUUCGACCAGUGCGGGGGAAAAAAGCGUAGGCUCUUUCGAACGCAACACAAUUAUCUCGGAACCGGACCUCGCUCAUUGAGAGAAGGUGAUGAGGUUUGGGUUCUGGAUGGUGCCAGUGUUCCGUUUAUCCUGAGGAGGUCACCGACGGGGAAUUACAAACUCAUUGGAGAGGCGUACGUGCAUGGGGUUAUGCAUGGCGAACUACUAGGAAUGGGGCUCCCUCGACGUCAGAUCACUAUAGAGUGAAGGAUCUAUUUCGACAUGGAAGCCUCCUGACGCGCCUGCUUCCACGAGUAUAGGUCGCUCAGCUCAACGCAGAAGCGAGCUAGCAUGGCGCU